AUGCUCUCAGCAGCCACUCGUGUCGCUAUGCGCCCUUCAUUCAUGGCCUCUCGUGCCUUCGUCUCCACCUGGAGCAACGUUCCUCAAGGUCCCCCUGAUGCCAUUCUUGGUGUCACUGAGGCUUUCAAGAGAGAUACCAACCCUAACAAGAUGAACUUGGGUGUCGGUGCCUACCGUGAUGAUAACGGCAAGCCUUAUGUCUUGAACUCUGUUCAAAAGGCUGAGAAGGUCUUGUUGGAUCAAAACCUUGACAAGGAAUAUGCUGGUAUCACUGGUGUCCCAUCCUUCAUUGAGGCUGCUGGUCGUCUUGCUUAUGGUGAUGACAGUGCUCUCCUUAACGACAAGCGCGUUGCCAUCACUCAAAGCAUUUCAGGCACUGGUGCUCUCCGUAUUGGUGCUGCUUUCCUUGACUCCUUCUAUCCCCACGCCAAGAAGGUCUACGUUCCCAACCCUACUUGGGGUAACCAUCUUCCCAUCUUCAAGCACUCUGGUCUCGAAAUUGAAAAGUACACCUAUUUUGACAAGAACACCAAUGGCCUUAACAUCAACGGCAUGCUUGAAGACAUCAAGGCUGCCCCCAAGAACUCGGUCAUUUUGCUUCACGCUUGUGCACACAACCCUACUGGUGUUGACCCUACUCAACAACAAUGGGAUGAGAUCUCUCAAGUAGUCAAGGAUCGCGAUCACUUUGUCUUUUUCGAUAUGGCCUACCAAGGUUUCGCUUCUGGCGACUGCACUCGUGAUGCCUAUGCUCUUCGCAAGUUUGCCUCUGAAGGUCACCAAUUGGUUCUUUCUCAAUCCUUCGCCAAGAACAUGGGCUUGUAUGGUGAACGUGUUGGUUCCUUCUCUGUUGUGUGUGCUGAUGCUGAAGAGAAGGCUCGUGUCGAGUCCCAACUCAAGAUUCUUAUUCGUCCCAUGUACUCCAACCCUCCUAUCCAUGGUGCCCGCCUUGUGAGCACUGUGCUCAACACCCCUGAACUCAAGCAAGAAUGGCUCGAGGAGGUUAAGUUUAUGGCUGAUCGUAUUAUUACCAUGAGAAACAAACUCCGCAACCAUCUUGAGCAGGACUUUGGCUCCAAGAAGAACUGGGAACACAUUACCAACCAGAUUGGUAUGUUCUGCUUCUCUGGUCUCACUCCCGAGCAAGUCGACAAGCUCAAGGAUGACUGGCACGUCUACCUCACCCGUGAUGGCCGUAUCUCCAUGGCUGGUAUCUCCUCUGGCAACGUCAAGUACCUUGCUGAAGCUAUCCACAACGUCACCAAGGAUUAA